AUGAUUAAGGUUGGCAUCGCAUCUGAUAGGUUUACGUAUACAUAUGUUUUGAAGGCUUGUGUUGUUUCUAAGUCACUGGUGUCUCUGCUUCACCGCGAGCUUAUCGACGAUGGUAACCCAGUUGGAUCACCGAUCAUGUUGCUAAGAAACAUAGAUCACACAAUGGGUGUUUGCAAUGGUACUAGGUUGGUUGUGAGCAGACUAGCUGAACAUGUGGUUGAAGCAAAGAUUAUGACAGGUACUCAUGUAGGUAAAAAGGUGUUGAUAGGAAGAACGUCAAUGACGCCUUCAAACCCGAGAUUUCCGUUCAAAUUCCAGCGUAAACAAUUCCCAAUUAUGCUGUCAUACGCAAUGACAAUCAACAAAAGUCAAGAGCAAACUUUGACCCAUGUAGGCCUGCUGUUGAAGAAACCAGUAUUUGUGCAUGAUCAAUUGUAUGUUGCGGCAUCUAGAGUAACAAAUCCAAAGAGCUUAAAGAUUGUAAUUUGUGAUGAAAAUGGUCAGGAUAGUAAUUCCACAAUUAAUGUGGUUUACAAAGAGAUCAUCAAUAAUCUAUAA